UUGAUUACAAUUGAAAGUUCAGAGGUCUAAAGUGAAGUUAUCCAUUUUAAUUCAAAUUUUCGAAAGGCAUAGGCAUGCUUCACCCUGCAAAGCUGAAUUAGGUCCAAUGGAUUACUACCAACUCGAACUUGAAGUAGAAUUGUUAUGUUCCACUCAUCUUAGGAGUGCGUUCAGUCCCACGAUUUCGUAAGCUAAAAGCAGGUUUUUCAACAAAAUUGUAGAAAGUGUUCCGAUUAAAAGUACAUUUAAAAAUACAUGAUUUUAAAGUCCUUAAGCAACACGUAUUCUUUCCCACUGGUGUGAGAAAAGUACUAGUUCAUAUUAUGAAAGCUAAUGAAAUCCAUGAUGAUGACUCAUGCAAUUAAUUACUUUGCAUCAACUUUUUCGCUGGAAAGUCCUGAUUUAUGAAAGUGGAUUAAGCAUCAAACAAAUGAUUAUUAGGAUUGAUAACUUCAUCAUAAUUACAUAUUUCACGAUGGAAAGGGUGUUUCUUACAUGUUUCCCACCUCUAUGCAGAGGAAAACCAUCUUCUUCCACCAACGUUAAUAUUGAUGAAUCUGUCAGCUUAUUUUCUUCUCUAGUUUCCGACAUCGACACGCUUCAAACAUGGCUACUGCCUGAAGGUUCCAUUUCCCUUCGAUGGUGCUCUGAAGCCACUAAUCUCCUGAGGAAGAUGCACUCCCAGCUGCUUCUCUUUUACCAGAAAUCUGAGAUACCCAGUUCGUUGGAUUGUAUAAAUAUCUUGGAUGUUUACAUGAAAGAGACCAUCAAUCUCCUUGAUUUAUGCAACUCUCUAAACUCAGCCAUUUCUUGGAUGGGAAGGUAUCGGCUAACGGUCGACCUCGCCGUUAGAAAGUUCUGUGACGACCAGAUUGCAGAUGUUGCAGCGAUCAAAGCUGAGAUUGAGAGAUUAGAAAAUGAGAGCAAGAAAAUUUGUGGGGUUGAGAAGAGGAAAUAUAAGAAUAUGUUCAAGAUCGCCGCCAUGGCUGAAACUAAGAGCAAGAAUCGUCAUCAUCAUCAUGAUAGCACUAUCCGUUUCAUCUACGCCGUUAAAAGCACCAUUGAUGUAAUGGGCAUGCUUCUUUUUUCCGCAAUUCUCUAUCCAGUUUCUGAUAUUGGAGAGUACGAGGAAGUUUAUCGUUGGUUUCCUCAGCUGAAGUUUUUCUCAGCUUCUCUUGGGAAGCUUGUGGGGUGCUGCUUGAAGGAGAAGGAUUGUGCAAGGUCGGUUUUGGUUGAGAAUAUGGUUAUUGAGAAGGCGGUUUUGGAUAUUAAAGAGGAGGUUUUGAAGGGGGAAGAAGGUGCGGAUCGGGAAAGGCUAAGGACGAGUAUCGAUUUGCUGAAGAGAAGCUCUUUGGCUCUCAAAGAGGGCAUGGAGAUGUUUGAAGCUGUAGUGAAAGAGCUGUUUGCAGAGGUUGAGGAUGGAAGGGAUAAGUUGCUGGCUAUGGUGGUCAAUGGAAAGUAGUGGUAAUAGAUCGGUUGAUGUAUAAAAUAAUUCUUCAUUUGUAAGUUAUAACAAUGAUGAAAGUAUUGUCAUUUUUGAUAUAUACACAUGAAUGCGAAAGAAAUAGGUGGUGACAAACAUACAGAAAAUGUAUCUGAUAUAUAUAUUUUGUAUGUAUUUUU